AUCGCCUGGCACCUCUGCACGGUUGUGUCACGCUGUCGGCUCUCCCCUCUGGAUUUCCUUUCUUAUUUGGAACGGAUGGCUUUGGGCUGCGAUUUGGAUCAGAUCUCUGUGGGAUGGGGAACUGCUGGACAAAUCAACCUUUCAGUGAUUCACCAGUAUGUGGAUUACCUGGUAAGCAAGCAGAAUGUGAAGAACAUCUUUGUGAAUGGCACCACAGGAGAAGGCCUGUCCCUUAGCAUCCAGGAGAGGAAGCAGUUGGCAGAAGAAUGGAUGUGCCAAGGGAAAGACAAGCUGGAUCAUGUGAUAAUUCACGUGGGAGCUUUAAGUCUACUGGAGUCCCAAGAACUGGCCAGACAUGCAGCAGCCAUAGGUGCCAGUGGCAUUGCAGUAAUAGCUCCCUCCUUCUUCAAACCCACAAACAAAGAUGAACUCCUUGGUUUCUUACAGAAAGUUGCAUCCGAAGCCCCUACAGUUCCAUUUUAUUACUACCACAUUCCAGCUCUGACGGGUGUAAAGAUUCGUGUUGAGGAGUUGCUGGAUGGAAUAAGAGAGCAGAUCCCCACCUUCCAGGGUGUGAAGUUCAGCGACACAGACCUCUUGGACCUUGCACAGUGUAUAAACAAGAAUGAGAGAGAACAGUUCAUGUUCCUCUAUGGAGUAGAUGAGCAACUGUUGAGUGCACUGGCAAUAGGGGCAAAUGGAGCAGUUGGAAGUACCUACAACUACCUAGGUAGGAAAACCAACCUGAUGCUGCAAGCUUUUGCAAAGCCAGACCUUGCAUUAGCACAGAAGUACCAGUUUCUCACGGGGGAAUUUCUCAGUUUUGUCAUCAAACUAGGUUUUGGGGUUGCACAGACAAAAGCUGUAAUGACUUUUGUUUCUGGCAUCCCCAUGGGACCUCCACGGCUUCCACUUGUUAGUGCCUCUGAGGAAUUCAUUGCCAAGGCCAAAGCCAAGCUGGAGAGCAUUGUGUGGCCCGAUGGUGACUGACUUCACUCCCACGUCGGUGUGCAGGGGCUCCUUUUCUGGGAUUUGCUGUCACUUGGCAUGCUCCUCAUGCAGUGCCCUGGUUUGGCUGGGAUCUCCUUCAGGAAAAUGAAAGUAAUCGGCGUGGAAGGGCUGGCACACAUGUAGCCAGCCACCUGUUCUUUAACUUCUCUCUGCUCCUCUGGAGCUCUGCACUGCCCAGCACUGGCUGCUAUCAUUAAACAAACAAAUGAAAAAAAAGACAAAAACAAACAAACAAAAAAACCUGGUUUGUUCCAGCAGGGGUAUCCUGACCUCCUUUUGUCUAGAAAGAAAGGUCUGUUUGCACUGCCCCAAACAGGAGUGGAAACAACUUUUUACAAGGGUAGGCAGUGAUAGGACAAGGGGGAAUGGCUUUAGCCUCAAGGAGGGUAAGUUUAGACUGGAUGUCAGGAGGAAGCUCUUCACAGGGAGAGUGGUGAGGUGCUGGAACAGCCUGCUCAGAGAGCUCUGGAUGCUCUGUUCUUGGGGGUGUUCAGGACCAGGUUGGAUAGGACCCUGGGCAGCAUCUGGUCUGCUACCAGAUCUGGAGGUUGGCGGGCCUGUCUGUGGCAGGGGGGUUGGAAUUUGGUGAUCCUUGGUGUUCCUUCCAACCCAAGCCAUUCUAUGACUCUGUUUUAUCUCUCCCUGAGCGUCUCAAGCCCUGGGGUGUCACUGCUGUACCACAACCUGCCUGCUCAGGCUGGUGUUCUGCUGUUUCUCACCAAGUCAUUUGUACAUUGGUUGUGUCAAAUCACUGUUUACCUCCUCUCAUUGUCUUCGCACAUCUUCACUUCCUGCAAAAUUUAAGACAGAAGAACCUAAACCAACCCUUUUCUAACAUCUGUUGACUCUCCAAUGAGCCAUGGUCCUGCAGCCGUUUCCUUGUAGCCCAAAUGUUUGGCACAUCUAUGACCCCUCACGACACAGCCCUGCCAUGGGAUGGGUGCUCUCCUGUGGUGGUGGAGCCUUCCCUGACCACUGCCCAGCUCUAUUCUGCACCCUGAGUGGGAGGGUUCACUGUGGGUUGGCUGCUGGGCAGGGGGGCAGCUGAUGUUGUGGGCCCUGGAGAGAAGUGAGCUCGAUGUGUUGGGUGGGA